GCUGCUGGUGGUGCUACUGGCUGUGCGCUCGGGCGCCGGUGCGCUUGUUGAGCCGCCGCGGCAAGGGUGGCGGAGGCGUUUAGGACCGCGGGAGGACCGCAAGAGGAGCUGUGCGCGAGUGUGCACACGGGCUACAUAGCUCUAGAGGAAAGCCCCCCAGCCAGGACGGAUGCGCUGCUGCUAUAGCGCGUGGAUACUUGCUUGUUAAAUCCCCCAAGAAGCUGCACCUACUAGGUGUCGUCUGGUCCUCGUUUUGCGUCAGCGCUUUUUGCCGCUGCUUUUGCCCCAUGUGCGCGCGGGAGAUGGCCGGGCAUUACGGCCACGGAGGAGGAGGAGGAGGACGUCCGUGACUCGCUCCAGACUUUCCUGAUGAAUUAAGACCCUUCUUCUUAUUCUUCUUUUUCUUCUUGCAUCUCCCCGCACGCAUCCCUUCAUUCCUCCUUCUUGUUUGUAUAUUAGUAUAUCAAGUUUUUUUAUUAUUAUAAUUAUAAUUUGUAUUUUUUUAUUCCUUCUCUCUCCCUUCUCUUUCUUUCCUUUUUUUCCUGGACCUUGCAUCUGCGCGCAUUCUGGACAUUCUGAACUGAAUUUACUAAAGGAGAGCCAGCCAGCAUGCGUCUCUGAUUCGGAUUAAACCGCCCUCAUGAGAGCCCAAGCUCGAGCCUUGCCUGACUGGGAUAGUCUACUACUUACUGCACCAUCAUAUCAGCGUUCAUUGAUUUCUUUUUGAAAAUUAAAUUAAUUUUUGAUUUUUUUUUAGCGUGUUUGAAUUUUUCUAAAGGAGGAAAAACGAGAAGGUUGAUUUCUGAUCCUUGGAACCUUGUUUUUUGAACCUUGUGAUGGGCUUGCUGAUGGUUACUCUCAGUCUAUAGGCUACUACCGACAGUCAGGAGCCGGCGGGAUCGGAUCUUUUUGGGGUGUUUGUUGGACAGUGGUGCAUCUGUGUUUUCUGUUGCCAAGAUAGCAACACAUAAACCAGAAAUGUACUUGAACACACCUCACUUUGUCCAGAUCACCACGUCCAUCGGCGUAGAGAUAUUCACAAGCACCAUUGCUAUUUGAACACAGCAUUCACAAGACAUUGAGACGGGAGAAAAAUGAAAGCACCCAUCCCUCUUCAGUUUCUGCUCUACGCUACAGUGAUCAAGAGCUUAAAGGUGGUGUCUAAGCGAGGCUCAGUGGACGGCUGCACGGAUUGGUCAGUGGACUACUUGAAAUACAAAGUGCUUCUUGGGGAGCCAGUGAGGAUUAAGUGUGCCCUGUUUUACGGAUAUAUCCGCGCCAACUAUACCCACGCCCAGAGCGCGGGCCUCAGCCUCAUGUGGUACAAGAGCGCUGGGCACGGGGACUUUGAGGAGCCCAUCUCCUUCGAUGGAAUCAGGAUGAGCAAGGAGGAGGACUCUAUCUGGUUCAGGCCAGCUGAGUUACAAGACGUCGGCCAUUACUCCUGUGUGUUAAGAAACUCCACGUACUGUAUGAAAGUGUCCAUGUCGCUAACGGUGUCGGAGAAUGACACAGACCUGUGCUAUAACUCCAAAAUGAAGUUCUUUGAGAAGGCUGAGUUAAGUAAAGGGAAAGACAUCCUCUGUCCAGACAUAGAGGACUAUAUACAGCCUGGCAAGGACCCAGACAUCAUAUGGUACAAGGAAUGUAAACCGAAGCAAUGGCGGCAAAGCAUCGUCAGGAAGAGAGAUACCCUCUCCAUUAAGGAAGUGAGAGAAGAUGACAUUGGAAAUUACACUUGUGAAUUAAAGUUUGGGAACUUUCUGGUUCGGAGAACCACCGAACUGUCAGUCACAGCUCCUUUGACCGACAAGCCUCCAAAGAUCCUCUUUCCUGCGGAAAAUAAAAUGAGCGUCAUGGAGUUGCAGUUAGGCAGUCCAGUGAACCUGACGUGUCGAGCGUUCUUUGGCUACAGCGGCGACGUGAGUCCACUCAUCUACUGGAUGAAGGGCGAGAAGUUCAUUGAAGAUCUGGACGAGAGUCGGAUCAGAGAGAGCGAAAUCAAAACUCUACGAGAGCACUUGGGGGAACAGGAAGUGUCCAUUUCGCUGACCAUUGAUGCUGUAGAGGAAAAUGAUCUGGGUAACUACUCCUGUUACGUGGAAAAUGGAAAUGGCAGACGACAGGCGAACAUCCAGCUCACUAAACGGGCAGAGCUCAUGUACACAGUAGAGCUGGCCGGUGGACUGGGUGCCAUUCUGCUGCUGCUGAUUUUCCUGGUCACGCUAUACAAGUGCUACAGGAUUGAGCUCAUGCUCUUUUAUAGGAACCACUUUGGCAGUGAAGACGUGGACGGCGAAAAUAAGGACUAUGAUGCAUACCUGUCCUACACUAAAGUGGACCCAGACCAGUGGAGCCAGGAGACCAGAGAGGAGGAGCGCUUUGCACUGGAGAUUCUCCCAGAUGUUCUGGAAAAGCAUUAUGGGUAUAAACUCUUCAUCCCUGACAGGGAUUUGAUCCCUACUGGAAGUUUCACCAAUGAUCAUUUCCAGGAUGACACGAGACUCCUUAGAGCGUACAUCGAAGACGUGGCCCGCUGCGUGGACCAGAGCAAGCGGCUCAUCAUCGUCAUGACGCCCAACUACGUGGUGCGCCGGGGCUGGAGCAUCUUCGAGCUGGAGACGCGCCUCCGCAACAUGCUGGUGAGCGGCGAGAUCAAGGUGAUCUUGAUCGAGUGCGCCGAGCUGCGCGGCAUCAUGAACUACCAGGAGGUGGAGGCGCUCAAGCACACCAUCAAGCUGCUGACCGUCAUCAAGUGGCCCGGGCCCAAGAGCAGCAAGCUCGACUCCAAGUUCUGGAAGCGGCUGCAGUACGAGAUGCCUUUCAAGCGGCCCGAGCGCGUGCUGUCCCACGAGCAGGUGCUGGACGUGAGCGAGCAGGGCCCGUUCGGCGAGCUGCAGACCGUCUCGGCCAUCUCCAUGGCGGCGGCCACCUCUACGGCCAUGGCCACCACGCACCCCGAGCUGCGCUCCACCUUCCACAACAGCUACCACACCUCACUCAGACAGAAACACUACUACCGCAGCUACGAGUACGACGUCCCCACGUCCGGCACCCUUCCGCCCCUGAGCUCGCUGGGCAACCAGCACACCUACUGCAACAUCCCCAUGACUCUCCUCAACGGCCAGCGGCCGCAGGUCAAAAGCCAGCGGUCCGAGCAGCAGCAGCAGCUGGAGGAGCAGCACGCCAACAACGCCAUGCUGCCGCUGCUGCCCAGGGAGACCAGCAUCUCCAGCGUCAUCUGGUGACGUCAUCUUCCGACAAGGGGGAGGGACUGGUUUUUAUUGCCGUUUCUUGAGGCCCUGGGGGUUAAAAAGGACAGAACAAAAAGAAAACUGAAAUAAAAACUACUAAAUAAAAAGAAAAGAAAAAAAAACGAGACAAAACAAGCGACAACUGCUGCUGUCGAAUUUGCACCCGAGCUCACAGGGAUUUAAAAAAAAAAAGAAACAAACACUCACACGCAGAGAGAGAACUCGGAGACGUUCUGAACGCAUCCAGAAUCCCUGAGGCAGAACACGUUUUAGUCAAAGAGUUGAGAGGCGUGGGUGCAGAAGCCUAUAUAAAAACUCAUUUAGAGAACCCAUUGUGUUUCACAUCUGCACAUGUACAUACACUCUACACAUACAUGCAACAAACACACACACACACACACACACACACACACACAUACACACAAACACAACAAACAACACCACACAACACAACACACGUACUCGCACUUACUCUUGACACUUGCAAGGAAUACAGGGUCUUGUACAUAUAUUUGAGAUUUCUUUGUAGCAUUGGUAUUUUUUCAGUUACGGUCUAUUUUUGUGUUCUUUUACUCUUCUUUUUAUCAUCCAAAUUUUUUAUAUCUAGUUUGAUUUCCUUUUUUUUAUUAUUAUUAUUAUUAUAAUUAUUAUAAUUAUUCCUUAUGAAAUAACUGAAGAGAGCUCUGUAAGGUAUAAAGACUGAAGUGUUGUACUUUUUCUCUUGACUUGUAGUUUGCAAGUGUAGUUUGAAACAAUAUCGGUUUUGUUUUUUAACAUUAUGGGAUUCGUGGCAUUGUGUUGUUUUCUUUGAGAGAGCGCCAUCUUUGGGUUGUUGUAGGGUUACUACUUCUUAAUUAUUUGAUUUUUUUU